AUGUUAAAGAAAAACUAUACAACAGUGACUGAGUUUAUUCUCCUGGGACUGACAAAUCGAGCUGAGCUGCAACCUGUCCUUUUUGUGGUAUUCUUAGUCAUCUACCUUAUCACGGUCAUCGGCAAUGGGAGCAUGAUUCUGUUAAUCAGAAGUGACUCAAAACUUCACACUCCGAUGUACUUCUUCCUCAGUCACCUCUCCUUUGUAGAUCUCUGUUAUGCCACCAAUGUCACUCCUCAGAUGCUGGUUAACUUCUUAUCCAAGAGAAAAACCAUUUCCUUCAUUGGCUGUGCUAUACAAUUUCACUUUUUCAUUGCCCUGGUGAUCACAGAGUAUUAUAUGCUCGCAGUGAUGGCUUAUGACCGCUAUGUGGCCAUCUGCAAGCCUUUGUUAUAUGGUAGCAAAAUGUCCAGAUGUGUCUGCCUCUCUCUCGUUGUUGCUCCUUAUAGUUAUGGCUUUGCAAACGGUCUGGCACAAACCAUCCUGAUGCUUCGUCUGUCCUUCUGUGGACCCAACGAGAUCAACCAUUUUUACUGUGCAGACCCACCCCUCAUGGUCCUCGCCUGCUCAGAUACCUACGUCAAAGAAACUAUGUUCUCCCCAAACCACACUAUAAUGACAGAAUUUAUUCUCUUGGGACUCACAGACGACCCCAUGCUAGAGAGGAUCCUCUUUGGGGUGUUCCUGGUCAUCUACCUAGUCACGCUGUCAGGGAAUCUGUGCCUGAUCGUGCUUAUCCGGACCGAUUCCCACCUCCAAACUCCCAUGUAUUUCUUCCUUGGUCACCUCUCCUUUGUAGACAUUUGCUAUUCCUCCAAUAUUACCCCAAAUAUGCUGUACAUUUUCCUCUCAGACCAGAAGACCAUCUCCUACGCUGGAUGCUUCACACAGUGUCUUCUCUUCAUUGCUCUAGUGAUCACUGAAUUUUACAUCCUUGCUGCAAUGGCAUUGGACCGCUACGUAGCCAUUUGCAGUCCUCUGCAUUACAGUUCCAGGAUGUCCAAGAAUGUUUGUCUCUAUCUGGUCACUGUCACUUAUAUAUGUGGCUUCCUUAAUGGACUGUCUCAGGCAUUGCUAACAUUUCAUCUAUCCUUCUGUGGCUCCCUUGAAAUCAAUCAUUUCUACUGCGCUGAUCCUCCCCUUAUAAUGUUGGCCUGCUCUGACACCGCUGUCAAAAAGAUGGCGAUGUUUGUAGUAGCUGGAUUUACUCUCUCAAGCUCUCUCUCCAUCAUUCUUCUUUCCUAUCUUUUCAUUUUUGCGGCUAUCUUGAGGAUGCGUUCUGCUGCAGGCAGGCACAAAGCCUUUUCCACCUGUGGUUCCCACCUGACUGUAGUCACUCUAUUUUAUGGAACCCUCUUCUGCAUGUACUUAAGGCCUCCAUCAGAGAAGUCUGUAGAGGAGUCCAAAAUAAUUGCAGUCUUUUAUACUUUUUUGAGCCCAAUGUUGAACCCAUUGAUCUACAGCCUAAGGAAUAAAGACGUAAUCCUUGCCUUGCAACAGAUGAUUAGGGAAAUAUUGUUUCAUAAAAGUGCAAUUUAG